AUGGAUCCUCUGUCCGCCUUGGGUGCCAUCAGCGCAGCGCUACAAGUCGCUCAAGUCAUCGGCCAGACGAUCGCUGGGCUGUCAACUCUCCGAGGAAAAUACGAAAAUGCGGACCUCACCAUUCGUUCCAUGAUAGGUGAAUUGACUACGAUCAAGGCCGCCCUCAUCCAAUUGCAUGACUGGGCGAAAUAUAAUGCAGAAGUCAAUUCUAGCCCCAGAGAGUAUGAAGAGUCUGUUACUGUCGCAAUUAUCGGUUGCAGUGAGGUUAUGGAAGUGCUAUCGGGCAAAGUUGCUGAGCUCACAAUCAAUGUCAAUGGACAUGUCGAUUUGUCCGUCUUCGCCUUCAGAACUCGCCUUCAAGUACUCUGGAAUGAGCAGCUGAUGAGUAGUUUGCAAGAGCAACUACGUGGUCAAGUUCGUGCUCUAAAUUUGCUACUGCAAGCUUGCCAAUGUCGGACCUCCACCGAACAACUUGAACUUCUUCGCCGGGCGGAAAAUCGGCACAUAAUUCAAAAAGUAGCCGACGAUACUAUCACGCUCCGGAGUACAAUUGGCAGCGCUGCGGGCUCCCAAGUUGACAGUCUUUCGAUUAACGGACGACAACUGUCGUCUGUUGGCGAGACGGAAUUUGAAUUCGAUAGUGCAUUAAGGAGUACUUUAGCAUAUCAACGACAACAGGGGCAAUUCCGGAGAGCUCGAAUUGAAUCGGCUCUAUCCCAGUAUUAUCUAGAAGAGGAUGUUGGAUUGCGUCGAGGACCGUCUGUGGCAGUAUCCAAUACUGCGAGUGACGAAGGAUACGUUAGUCGCAAUGUGACGCCUAGUCAUUCACUCUCGCUGAACACGUCCAUACGUAGAGGUCCUUCCUUGGGCCCGAACGAUUCGAUCAUUCCAAUUAAUGCACGCAGUAACAGUGUUUCUUUUGGUACACAACGAAAUCAGCAGCAAAACCCUGGCGUUCGUCGUUGGGUAUCUACCAAUGACGCCGCUACGUUACCAUCGCCCACGGGCUCAAAAAGGGAGAAACUCUUGUCCAAGUUGAACCUGACCCGGCUGAACACUUCCAGUCGAGCAAAUUUGGCCCCCUUCCAAUCGCGAAAUCCAGCCAUCGGCCCCAUUGUGGGAUCGACAAGAGGUCGACGAGGCCGCGAAAGUGAAUUUACCACAAGCAUUGAUUUAAAUACACAAGCUGGUCGCAAUGCUCCAGAUAUAGUCAAAGCAGCACAGUCCGGUGCACGCUACGAUGUUGAAAGACUGAUAGGGAGUGGCCAUAAUAUUGAAGAAUUGCAUCUGCAUACCCGGCGGAAUGCUCUCAUGGUCGCCGCCCAUUGUGGAAAGGACGACAUCGCCGAUUUGUUGAUUCAGAACAAUGCACAAUUAAAUCGCUCUGAUUCAUCGGGCUCAACGGCACUUCAUCUUGCCGCAUCUCGUGGCCAUGUUAAUGUGGUGGAACUACUUGUCAUGGAGGCAAUAGAUAUCGAGGCUGAAACUCGGCUCGGGAGAACAGCUCUUUGGAUUUCAGCUAACAAUGGGCAUUUGCUGACAACGCAAAUGCUGCUCGAAAAAGGUGCCAAGGUCAAUUCUCGAGCUGAUAAUCAAAUGACUGUACUGCAUGUCGCAGCUCGGGAAGGAGAUUUCGAAAUCGCCAGCUUGCUGGUAAGUUAUGGCGCUGACAUCGAUGCAAGAGACGCUUCCAUGAUGACGGCUUUGCAUUAUGCAAGCGAAGGUGGCUAUGUGAAAGUCAUGGAGCUUCUGCUAAACAACAAAGCGAACGUUGACGUGGCGGGGAGUGAACGACGAACGCCGCUUAUAUGCGCCGCAGCGGCCGGGCAAUUAUCAGCUGUUCAACUGCUUCUGAAACGGAAAUCAAAUUUCAAAGGUGUAGAUGAGGAUGGGAUGACCGCUCUUCACUGGGCAGCUUUUAAUGGGCAUGUCGAGGUUGUGGAUUAUCUUAUCCGUCAGUCACGCAGUUCAUUAGCACUAAUCAAUGGCCAAGGGAGAACACCCUUGCAUCUCGCGACCAUUAACUCACAGUUUGCCGUUGUCGAGUUUCUGGUGCGAAAAAGAUGUCCGUUGGAGACCAGAUGUGCGGCUGGUUUCAAUGCACUGCACUACGCAUGCAGGGCUGAUAGUGCUGAAAUUGCACGGUUGCUCCUAACUUCUGGACUGGGAAUUGAGAGCGAGACUAGCAUGACACAGCAGCGACCGAUUCACUUGUCAUCAAAGGACGGAUCGGUAAGUUUAAUAAAAUUGCUAUGCGAAAAGGGCGCAUCUCUAGAAGUUCGAGACGCAGAAGGAGAUCGGGCAUUAUGCGUUGCCGCCAGAAACGGCCAUGUCGCUGCUGUACAAACGCUGUUGGACUUUGGCUCUCCAUUACAAUUACGCUUUGGUAUGCGGUCGCACGAAGACUCGCCACUCUGCUUGGCUGCUAAAGGUGGCUAUUUAUCAGUUGUGGCAGUGCUCAUGAGACAUGGGGCCUCUGUGUUGAGCAAAGAUGAAAUAGGCUGGACUCCGGCUCGCUAUGCGGCAUACUAUGGACAUCCAGAAGUAUUAGAAGCAAUAAUAGCAACUGAGCCUUCGGCGCUCUCUUUCUUGGACUUUACUAAUUUCUCACCGGACACUGUUGGUGUGACGUCGGGGCUAUUAGGAUUUUCCCCAGAUGCAACUAUUCCUCCGGAUCGGAGGAGGCAGGUGAUUGAAAUACUCGAGAGAACUCGUCAGCAACAACCCGCACCAGCAUCGUCAAUGGAUGAGAGAUUGGUAUCUUCGAGUCAGGAUUCGCGCAUACAUGUCCCUCGCGCUACACCUCAUCGUCGCCUUGCUCCAGUGCCAUCUCCGUUUUCGAAUAUUGCUGUUACAGCGGCAGCUGCAUCUCCUUGGUUUUCAGCCACGUACGAGCAACUCCCGAAUGAAUUGCCUGGGACUUUGGAGCAAGGCCUCCCAAGUAGUAGAUCUGCAACGCCACCUCAUAUGCACCGAGGUGAACGCGAGGAGGAAACAGUGUCAGCGACAUUUCCUCCACCAAGAGCCACAUUAUCACCUCGCAACGAUCAAUUCGGAAGCUAUAAUGACAACAUGAACGACACCGUCACCAAUAUAGCGCCCGUAUCCCUAGACUAUCGCCAAUCACAAGCCUUCAAUCCCUCCACAUCCUUACCAGCUGACAAAUUAGCUCAAUCAUUAGCUCAGCUCGAUCUGCAGCUGAAAAUUGCCGAAAACAACACUUCCUACCAAGACGACGAAGAUGUGGACGACGGUGAAGGUGAAGCGGAAGGGGAAGAGGACGCAGAAGAAGCCUCUGAAAAUGAAGUCGCCGAACUUGAGGGUGAUCUCCCACCUCCUUAUCACGCAUUUUCAACUCCUGUACUUCGACAGAAUAAACAGCACCAACAGCAGCAAAUUCCAUGA